GGCACAGGGCCGGCCUCGACCGGCCGUUGUGUUCAGACUUUUCUCCGACAAUGGGCGCAGUGUAGCCGGGCUCGACUGAGACCCCAAAAUGUAUUUGGGGGCAGAGCUUCGUUGGAGCCGUUCUGGCUGCGUUGCAAGGCUGGCAUGACACUUUUUAAUACUGUCAUUUCAAUGCAAACCGUGCUUCCGCUGAUACUGCGUUCCCGUUGUGAUGAAACUUGGCUCGUAGUUGUUUAGCACAAGGCUCCCAGAACACAUUCCUGUACACUUCACUGAGGACGAAGAGUCAGCCAGUUGAAAGUGGAAACUCCUUCCUUCCCUUAAUCAGAACAGGAGUUGAGAGAGCUGUGAGUCGCCUACCUCCCAACCCUGCUCUGCACAGCGCCCCCACCGGGAGACCCGCAGAGAGGCACGUUCGCCACAACGCUGCUCUAUGGCCAGCAGAGGGAGUGCCCGGCCCAACGGCCUGGGCCAGACCAAGAUCUGCCAGUUCAAACUGGUUCUGCUGGGAGACAUGGCGGUGGGCAAGUCCAGCCUAGUGCUUCGAUUCGUCAAGGGGCAGUUUGACGAGUUCCAGGAGACCACGAUAGGGGCGGCGUUCCUGGCGCAGUCGGUGUGUCUGGAUGACACGACGGUGAAGUUUGAGAUCUGGGACACGGCGGGGCAGGAGAGAUACCACAGCCUGGCACCCAUGUACUACCGGGGAGCGCAGGCUGCCAUCGUGGUGUUCGACAUCACCAAACCGGAGACGUUUGAGCGUGCGAAGGCCUGGGUGAAGGAGCUGCAGAGACAGGCCAGCCCCAACAUCGUCAUCGCACUGGCCGGGAACAAGUCCGACCUGGCAGAGAGGCGCAUGGUGGAGUACGAGGAGGCUCAGACGUACGCCGAGGACACAGGGCUGCUCUUCAUGGAGACUUCAGCGAAGACUGCCAUGAACGUCAACGAGCUGUUCCUGGCCAUCGCAAAGAAGAUGCCAAAAACGGACACUCAGAAUCCGACACACGCUGCCAGAAAUCGAGGGGUUAACCUGCACAACGCAGAGGCACAGUCCAGCAGGGGGUGCUGUGGCAAUUAAACAAUGUCAUCGGGGGAGAUCCUGGCCAAAAACCUGCCUUUCUCUUUCCAGUUUCAUUUGAACCCAAAAGAAAGACUUGGUGAAAUAGUGAGUGUGAAGAGUCAGAAGACUGCGAGCUGGAGAGGGGGUUUAUAUAACUGGCACUAAUAUAUAGUAGUUUAUGAUUUGUUUUUAUAAUCUUUCUGAUGCUUAUGUAAGAUUGAGCAUUUCAGUACAGACACACAGACAGAGAGAGACGCACACAAUGGUAAAGCUUGAUCCUCACUUUAUUACAGAGACUGCAUCAAGGCUCCCAUUGCAUAUCAAACAGCACCAUACUCGGUUCUCCUGUAAGCUUCAUUACACAAACCUGAGCUGGGACUGAUGCGCCAGUCUCUGGUGGGUCUAACUAAGCUUAUAGGUAAUACUGUAAUGGCUCAGACUGCUAUGCCUUGAUUCCACAGACAAAAUCAACAACGUCUGGUAAAACAUUGACUCUCAAGAAGCCCAGUUGAAUUCCCAAGUAUCUUUUCAGAAAACCCAUUCAUUUCAGGUUCCAGGUCCUUACUCCGCGUAGCUUGGAUCCAGUUUGUUUUAAAACCUGAACCACACUUUUGUCCAGACACGGGGAAAACAAGGCAUUAGUUCCAUCCCAGAAACUGUUUUUGCUUUUGCUUGGGAGUUUUACUUCGUCCACAGUGACGCCCCAUGGCUGCAUGUUGUAAUUGCGGUUCUGUCUGGUAGCUGUUUCUGUUCUGCAAAGGAUCAUAAAGAGAAAUUCUCCAGUCUGGUCUCCCUGCCCACUGAGUUUAACAGCCCAGGCCAGAGCUCAGAGCUUGGUGCUUAACACGAAGGACAGGGGGGCGUGGUUUCAAUCCGAUUGCAGGUGUAUGAAUCACCUUUAACAGCAGCCCUUCUCAGUUCAGUAUUCACGCCUAACCUGCAUGGCGGUACAAGCUACUUGUCAGUAUAUUCGGAUAUGUGUAGAUUAGCAGGAGCCUGAUUAGUAUCAAAUCUCUGGAGUGUUGUAAAAAUGAAUUUGUUUAGCCUGGACUGCCAUGUCAGCGAAUGGUUUAAAACUGGGUCCUAGGGUUAGAGCAAGGAAGUGUGCAGUACUGUAAUUGAAUAACAUUCAUCGGCUACUCCCAAGCCUUGUUCAUUUUAAUACGCGGAUCAACUGCAUGGCCUUAAUUUCACUGGUGUGGGUAUUGGCUAGAGUUGAUGGGACUGGCAGGGAGGCAGGCAGUGUGGUCUACAGGUUAGCGCUGAGGGACUGGGAGAAGUAUGGGUUCCAGCUGUCUGUCGGUGUUUUUAUCGAUUUCCUUUCGAGACAACCCUCCCUUUGUCCUCGUAGCAGUAAAUGGGAACUAAUUAAAAGAGGACGUUCCUCACUAUUUGAAGUCUUCCUUAUGUUGUAUGAAACUCUUUGUCUAGUGGUUUUGGAAAAGCAAUAGAAAGCAUGGUUUUGCAAACGGAACUGCUGUGAAGGCGGGCGAUGUAUUGUUAGCUGUAAUAACAAUGAGUACUGUGUAUGUGAAUUAUCACAGGGUGAAAGUGUAAAUGUAUGUACUGUAUGAGCCCAUUAACUACCAGGUUUAAUUUAUUCUGAUGAUUAAAAUGCAGUUUAAUGUUCGUGAAACUGUUCUAGACUGUUAUCUGGCUUCUUAAACAAAUACCAAACUUCUUAAAAUUCAUCCUGACAGAUGAUUUGAAACUUUGUGAGGAGAGGGACCAGCUCCUAAACUACAGCAUUAGAAUACAUUGGUGUGCUGAGGUUCCUUCAAUAAAAAUAAAAAAGGGAUGAGAACCAACAUAACCAUGAGGGCUGUCCUACAAUGGUGCACUUUCAGAUGCUUUUCAGUGAAUAUAAUAUUUCUAUUGCACCUUUCAUCAUCGACCCCAAAGCACUUCACCCACAGUUAAACCAAAAACAUUCUAAUGCAAAAUGGAAUAAAACACAAAAAACAAGGUAAUAACCACUUCAUAAACAAAGGUGGAAAUGCUGUAGACCAGAAUUAAGGGUGGGACCUUUUAAAGGAGGCCAGUCCCAGAAGUAAACCAGUUUGUUGUUAAGAUGUGUGUCACAAGAAAUCAGCUGCUUUUCAAAAUAAUUUGCCCGUGAAAUAUCAGCAUUAAAUAAUGAAAUGGUGGAAGCUAUUAUUAGAAGCUGACCCAGUCACUUCUUCAGAGUACCUAGCUGGGAAGCACCGCCAGGAGGUUCGGUCCCAGUACAUUGUAUUGUAGCAUUGCUUUAUUAAUGAUUCAAAGAAAAAAAUAUAUUUCAUCUCUGCUGUCUUCCUGUUAUGAGCUGUGCUGUGUGCUCACUGAACCUGCCCUGAUAAUGCUUAACUAACUGUUCUCGGCUCUGAGACCAGAAUGAACCAGCUUGCAGAGGCGGGAUGCGGGGCGCGGGGGGCACAGUCACUGGAACAGCACAUGCUUUACUCCCCCUUCAGCAAUUCAUUUUCUGUUUUCCUCGUCUCUCUUGAUGCUGCAGAACGAGGACCCUGGAGCUCUGAUAGGCAGAGAAGCUCUCCUGGUCAUUCAGGACAGCCCUUGUGUUCCUGGUUCAAGGCUGGUGCACAUUUCUGUCAGGUUACAGUAAAAGUCAUCCCUGUUCCCAGCUGUUUGUGUUGUACUGCAGGCUACUGAACUGACAGCAGCCACAUGCAGUACUGUUAACCCCUCACUGAUUCUCACCGUUGUUCAAUAUCUGUACAAAGAAGAAUAAUAAUGUAAAUGCCGGACGCGUGAGUAGAUUAGUCAUAAUCACUGCUGUUUCCCUUUCAUUGAUUCGGGAUCAUGUUCUUAAGCAGCAUUAGGUGUUGUUUAGUGUGUUUCUAUUUACUGUAACACAACGUAUUAAAAACCCUCUGCAGUAUUUUUUGUUUUUGCUUUUUCUUAAUUAAAGCUGAUCUUACAUCCAAAGACAA